CAUGGACUUCUUGUUGGGCCUGCGGUAUCGAACAUGUUCAGUAUGCCCGACGCACACGGAGGCGAUUGAUGGUUUCCUCACAUCUGGAUGGGGAAGCACAGCUCGGUUCGCCACCUGCUAUCCGAUCCCGGUCCAAUUGGAAUAAGGGCGCCACCAAGCUCCCCAACUGGCGAUUCCUGCAAGAAGCCUCAAGAAGCCGACGUGGAAGGCUUGUCAUCAUUGGAGGUGUUGAACGUGAUUCAAGGGUCAAUGCUGGCUUUGAAAAUGUGGACGGCGAAAGGCAUCCCCGACUUGAUGCUGUAUGCGGUGACGACCACUGAGCUGUACGAAGCGUGCGAGGGAAUCGCCCAUGUGACACUACGGGAACGGGCAAAAAGCAUCAAUCCAGAUAUGUUUCACUCCUGUACUGCUACCCAAGGCAUACAAACGGGAACAACCAACCCGUUCACUAACGGCGAUUGCCGUAUCGGGAAUCUGGCCGCGAGCAAGAAGUGCAUCGGCUUCGUAUGGAGGGUAGCGCCGGAGGUGGGAUACACCUCCGAGGUUGGCCCCCGGUCCGUCUUCCCACUGACUGUGGCAAGCGCCUGGCAUGCCGCUCGGCACUGCCACCCCCACACCAUCACCACUACGCAUAUGGGAAUAGGGCCAGAGAAUGUCCUACGCAGUCUUGGACGCGGUGAAGCUGUACGGUGAUGCAAACAUCUUCACCGCAAACACCGCUAUCACAAUCCUGGUGGAAGAUCGCGCUCUGCAAACUCAAGAGUCACCUGUUAGCUGGCCUUGCAAUUGGGACGCUGUCUCGCGAUUCAACAUCCUCAAGCAUGCCUGCGAUGGGAGUGGCAGGACGACACUUGAGGAGGCCACGAAGCUGUACGCAUUACAGCCAGCCGUAGGGCACCCAUUUGAAGCUCAGAGACUUGUGAUCACCUUCCAGGAGGAAGAGGAUGCGCUGCUAAAUGCUCACUAGACGGAGC